UGUCAAGAUGUUUUUUAAUAAAUAAUUGAUUUACCUGUACAAAAAUAAUGAAAUGACAGAGAGCUUACUGUGAAAUCUUAUUAUAUAUACGCUACCGUUCAAAAGUUUGGGGUCACUUAGAAAACGUAGAAAAUGUUUUUGAGAGAAAAUCAAAACAUUUUGUCCAAUUAAAUAGCAUCAAAUUGAUCCAAAAUACAGUGUAGACAUUGUUCAUGUUGUAAAUGACUAUUGUAGCUGGAAACGGCAGAUUUUUUAUGGAAUAUCUACAUAGGCUUAUACAGAGGGCCAUUAUCGGCAACCAUCACUCCUGUGUUCCAACGGCACGUUGGACAUGACAGGACUAUGUAUAUUCCUCAUUUAAUUUGUCAAGUUGUCUCAAUUGUGAUGCCAAGUCUUUAUAAGUCAGUUUCUUGUUCCUGAUAUAAGUCUGAUAGCUUUAUCUAGGCACAGUACACUAGGUAUCCACGUAUUGUGUCAGGGUUUGAUUGCAUUGUGUGUGAGGUGAGCUGGCAGCCAGGCUGAAAGAGGAGGACACACCUCAGUGUACACACUGUAGGAUAUCUCACACAAACAAUCUUAUCUCUGUGAAAUGUCAACGGUGCAUUGAGCAUAACUGCAAGCUUUUUACUUUCAACGUCUUUUAUAUUUAACUCAGUUUGUGUCAUGCUGAUUUAGCUUUUUUGUGACCCUCAGAAACAACAUUGCAGACGACCAUGUAAAACCCUCAAAUGUUACUUUGAAAAAGCAGCACCGCACUGUCAACAGGGCUCCCGAGGGCCCCCCGAGUGGCGGAGUGGUCUAAGACAUUUUAGUGCAGUCCCUGGUUCGAACUCAGUGCUUAUUAUUGAAAAAGUCUAAAUCUGACUUUUGGCAUAUAAUGUUAAUGAUAUGUUAGAGAAAGGCCAUACUGAAUGAAUCAGAACAUGAAGCAUCCUAUUUGUCUUGGUAAAAUGCAUUUUAUAACAUAAGGAAGUGAAAUUUAAUCUACUGAUGAAAUGACUGAGCUGAUCCACAGAAGUAUCACACACACACACAUGUGACGCUCCCACAUUGGAUCAACUGUGAAUCCUGUCCCUCAGUUCUUUAAAGCAGACAUUUCUAUCUGCACAAUGUGUUGAAUGUUAAUGGUCGGAUGACGGAAGGUACAUAAAACUGGCAGGGUGUAUGUACACAGUGAAUUAUUUGAUUCCUUCCUGGAAAGGUACAGUAUAUUCCAGCGUAUUCCAGCGUUUUCCAUCCUGUUUUCCCUGCGAGUUACAGGAUGAGGCAGAUAGAUAAAUGGAACCCUGCUUUCCCCCCUCUUCUCUGUCAUAAGUGUUGAGCUGUAGCUUAACUCGACACCUGUUUAUAACCAGGUUAUUCCAGUGGUUACUAAAGUUUCAGCAUUUGUGACCCAUCUAAAGCCCACCAAUGAGUCCCAAGUCCAGGCCCACCAGUAGGGAAACACAUGUAGAAAUGAUUGUAGAAAUAAUUUGGAAGCUUGUUGCGUCCAGUAUGACUUAUGAUAUUUUGUGACUAUUGUUGUGACUAUUCAUGUUAGCCUGUUCUCCCUUACUUCUCUCAGGGACCAUGUUUCCAUGUGUGGAUUUCUCUGUCGAUUGGCAGAGUUGAGUUACCUACACCUACACUCACCAGGCAUGACUGGAACCCUUUAUCUUCACUGACCCUUCUCUACUACCUCCAUAGGACAGAGAGAAAUAGACGGAUCUAGACAUACAACUCUCCCACUAUCUCUGUCUGCCAGAAGUGCAAUGUGAGUACAGACAACACUAUACAUGGGGAAGCCAUCCAGUCAGCUAUCUUGCCUGUUAUCCACUAUCUUGAGGAAAGAGACAUUGGGACCUCUGGACAGCAGCAUGGGACACAAACACCAGCCUCCUUUCACUCUGCCCCACGUACACAUUUACAUACGCAGGUCACUCAAGGACUACCCCCUGUAAGCCUAGACCCUUAGAUUACAUGGAUAGAGAAGAGCAUUCUGUCCUGUCCACACAGUCACUAUAAACUCCUGUAUCACAGUUGUCUCAGAAACUGUGUGGGAGAGAGACAGAAAGUAGGGGAUAGACCAGAGAGCGAGAUAGAUAGAUAUAGAGGUAUAGACAGAGGAAGCAUCUUUGAGUCAUGCAGGGCCGUAUGUGUCAGCUGUUGCUGGUGAAUGCUUUGACCUGUGGUCUGGAGGUGUGUAUGGCUGCAGGGACCUUCUACAUCCCCCCUCUACUGCUGCAGGCCGGCAUGGAGGAACGCUACAUGACCAUGGUGCUGGGAGUGGGUCCAGUUCUGGGUUUGAUCUUCGUGCCCAUGAUCGGUUUGUAUAGUGACUCGUGGCGUGGACGUUUCGGUCGGCGGCGGCCAUUCAUCUGGCUCCUUUGUGUGGGGAUUCUGCUGGGCCUGCAGGUGAUGCCCCAGGCCUCUCACCUAGCUGCCUUGCUCUACCCACAGCACCCCCGCUGGCUGGAGAGGGUCCUGCUGGCGGGGUCAGCCUGUCUGCUGGAGUUCUCUGGGCAGGCCUGUUUCACUCCACUGGAAGCUCUGAUCUCAGACCAGUUCCCAGGAGAGGAGGAGAGCAGAAGGGCCUUCUCUGUCUACUCACUGAUGAUCAGCCUGGGAGGAUGCCUGGGGUACCUGCUGCCAGCCCUGGACUGGAGCCAUGCCCCGACAGCAGCCUACCUGGGCGGCCAGGAGGCCUUCAUCUAUGCCCUGCUCACCCUCAUCUUCCUCACCUGCCUCCUCAGCACAGUCUUCAUCUCAGAGGAAAGAUACACCAGAGGGGGAGAGACAACUAGGAAGGAUCUUAGUGUUAGCUCCGCCCUGAGCCGAUACUGUGCACACUCCUUGCUGCCGCGGCCUCAGUGUGUGCGGCUGGCGGUGGGGCGGAGUGUGUCGCUGUGUGUGUCGGCGCUGCCACGCAUGUACAGUGUGUGUAUGCACGUGCCGGCAGUCAUACGCAGGCUGUUUGUAGCCGAACUGUUCAGCUGGAUGGCUCUGAUGAGCUUCAUGCUGUUCUACACAGACUUUAUGGGAGUGGGGCUGUACCGGGGAGUACCCAACGCUACACCUGGAACACAGGAGAGACUACGAUACGAUGAAGGUGUGCGCAUGGCGAGUGUGGGUCUAUUCCUGCAGUGCCUGACCUCAGUGGUCUGCUCCAUCCUGAUGGAGCGUUGGAUAGUGUUGCUAGGCACCCGGGCUGUGUAUUUUAGCAGUGUGGUCCUGCUAGCGUUAGCUACAGCUGUGAUGAGUUUCUCAAAGAGUGUAGUGAUGAUCACUGUCAUGGCCGCAGCUACUGGAUAUACCUUCUGUGUGCUGCAGGUCCUGCCCUACACCCUGCUGUGUCUGUACCACUCUGACAGACAGGUCUUCUUCUCCAGUUCCAAAUCCAGACCUUCUCACCCAGGAGAUAGUGAUGACCACAUCCACUCCAAGCCCCUUGUUCCCCCUGACUCCGUCCACAUCCAUGGCAACAGGUAUCCAGAGGGGGUCAAUCUCCCCGGGGCUCCCCUUCUCCUGGAGAGAGAAGGAGAGCCCAUACCCCUGCCCUCUCCCCUGGAGAGAGAAGGAGAGCCCAUAUCCCUGCCUCAGAGAGGGAUGUGUCUAGACAUGGCUAUCCUAGACAGUGCCUACCUGCUUUCACAGGUGCUGCCUGCUCUGUGUCUGGGCUCCAUAGUGCAGCAGUCUCACAGUGUCAGUGCCUAUAUGGCCUCAGCCUGCUCCCUCAGCAUCAUGGCCAUGCUCUGCUCCACCUGUGUCGUCUUCACACGCAGUGACCUCCACAAGCUCACAGGGUCAAAGGACAGCGCUCCAACACUGACGGGGCUAAAGAGUUAACCCAUUGAGGAUGUAUCUGUGUUGUGGAAUUGCAGAUUUCUAUUGGAUUUUGUCUGUCCGUUAUCAUCGAAUGGAAUCCUGUAGAAUCCGGUAUGGAAUCCUGUAGAUUGCAAAAUAUGCCAUCUAACUCCUCAAAUGCAUCAGGGGUUAAAGAACCAAGGGUGGAUGAUUGCAGUCCUGAUAUCAGCACCUCAGACUGCCUGAAAGGACAGGUACUUCUUGUUUAGUGUGCUGGCACAACCAAGAGAGUAGGUCAAUCCUUGGAAACACUGUAAUGGACAGUAAAAUAGUUUUCCUUCCUAGAUUGGUCACCAUAUAUGCUGGUCACAGAUGCUUCAAGAUAUCAGGGGGAAUACUGAGACAGGCUACUGUUCCUCUGACACAAUAAAGGAGGAUAAAGUGAUACUGCUUAUUGCCAUGUCUGAAAUGUAUUAUGUUUGCUAUUGGUUACUGCAAUCUAACAUGUUUCAAAGUACACUUUGUUCACUGCUAUAACUAAAAUGUUGCAUGAUUGCUAUCUAAGGCCAUGAAAGUAUUCUGAAGUCUGUUGUGCAUUUGUGUACAGUAAGUUUACUAGAUGUAUAUAUGGAUGGAUGUAUGUAUGAGGGAAAGUUGGGGUAUGGCUCCGACUCUGCUAUUUGCAUUGGGGUUGAGGGGUAAGGAGGAGAGGUGAUGUGUUUUUGUGUGUGUUUUCCCCCCCAUGUUUCCAUGGUAAUGAUAAAUCCUGGUGUGUGUGUGUGUUUGG